AUGACAUGCGGCGCCGCUACCGCCGCCGGACAGACUUCUUCCGUCCGUCCAGCGGCGCCGUCGCUUCUAAUUGCGCGAAUCAUCUAUGCCACAGCCAAAAACGAUCGUCUAGCCUUGGAACACUUCGCGUCUCCAAUCCCAGUGCCUCAUCUUCCCGAUGCGAAACCUUUUUAUCUGUGGGAAGAGCAAUUAUCCCCCCCCCCGUUCCGUCCCCGUGUCUCUUCUCACCCCGCAAACAGCGCGCAUCUCACAUGGCACCGCUGUAGUGAAUCCCCGCCAAAGACCGCUCUCGAUGUACCUCUGAUGUUGUUCACUGGUACGCUACGAGUGCGGGUUCUAGAGGCUCGAGGUCUACGACCAACCGAAUGGUCGAGACGAUUCAAUCAGAAUGAGAAGAAUGAGACCGCAGCGAUAGAUGCAUAUGUAAAUGUGGAUUGGGAUGAAUAUCACGUUGGAAAGACGUUGGUUCGACCGAAAACCAACGAACCACGCUGGAACGAGGAAUUCGUCGCGAAUGAUGUACAUUCUGGAAAAGCGAUUGGUUUCACCGUAUUCCACAGCUGUGUGAUGCCACCGGAUGAUUUUGUCGCUAAUACUAGGAUAACAUUUGACGAUCUCAAAAUAGGAAGCAAUAAUGAUAUCUGGGUGGACCUCGAACCGCAUGGACAACUGCACGUGGUAAUUGAACUGCACGGCCAAGCCGUAGAAGAAUCGCACCAUGUCAACAAAGAGCGAGUAUUCAAGGAGCGAACUGGCGCGUUCAACGAUCGGCAACGCCGUGGUGCAAUGCGAAGAAAGAUCCAUGAAGUUACCGGUCAUAAAUUCAUGGCGCUGUUUCUCCGUCAACCGACAUUUUGCGCUCAUUGUAAAGAAUUCAUCUGGGGUAUCGGCAAACAAGGAUAUCAGUGUCAAAUCUGUACUGUUGUCGUACAUAAACGAUGUCAUGAAGAGGUAGUGUGGAAAUGUCCAGGCAAUAAAGCCGAUGCUGUCGAGGAAAUCAACAAAGAAGUGACCGAGACGGGAAUGGGCCGAUUCAACAUCAAUAUGCCUCAUCGUUUCUCCGUACACUCGUAUAAACGUCCAACAUUUUGCGAUCAUUGCGGUUCGAUGCUAUACGGGCUCAUUAAUCAGGGUCUUCAAUGUUCCGUAUGUAAGCUGAACGUGCAUAAACGAUGUCAACGGAACGUCGCCAACAACUGUGGUAUCAAUGCAAAACAAAUGGCAGCUGAACUGGCACAACUUGGCUUGACCGGCGACAAAAUGAGUGUACGCAGCAAAAAGAAGCCAUCGAUCAUGACAGACUCCAAUACGGAUACGACCAGCAUAAGCACUACAAGUACAUCAGAUUCUGGUCAAUCACAAUACUUGCAACAAAUCUCUGAAGAAGAACCGGCAGUGAAAUCACCAAAAAGCCCCGGUGACGGAAGCACAAUGUCAAUUUCGGAUUUCUCUUUCAUCAAAGUGCUUGGUAAAGGAUCAUUCGGAAAGGUGAUGCUGGCUGAGAAGAAAGGUUCUGAUGAAGUGUAUGCUGUAAAAAUCCUGAAGAAAGAUGUGAUAGUCCAAGACGACGAUGUGGAGUGUACAAUGUGUGAAAAGCGAAUCCUCAGCUUAGCAGCCAAACAUCCGUUCCUCACUGCUCUGCACAGCAGCUUCCAAACCGCGGAUCGCCUGUUCUUUGUCAUGGAGUACGUAAACGGAGGCGAUUUGAUGUUCCAAAUCCAACGAGCAAGAAAAUUCGAUGAGCCACGUGCCCGAUUCUAUGCUGCUGAAGUCACAUGUGCUCUACAAUUCCUGCAUCGCAACGAAGUCAUCUACAGAGAUCUCAAACUGGACAACAUUCUUCUUGACGCUGAAGGUCACUGUAGGCUAGCCGAUUUUGGUAUGUGCAAAGAAGGUAUUAGCAAGGAUAACCUGACUAGUACUUUUUGUGGUACGCCCGAUUACAUAGCGCCAGAAAUUCUACAAGAAUUAGAAUAUGGAGUAUCUGUUGAUUGGUGGGCCCUCGGGGUAUUAAUGUAUGAAAUGAUGGCUGGUCAACCGCCUUUUGAAGCCGAUAACGAGGACGAUCUGUUUGAGGCUAUCCUCAAUGACGACGUUCUUUAUCCGGUCUGGCUUUCGAAAGAAGCAGUCAACAUCCUCAAAGCGUUUAUGACCAAAAACCCGUCGAAACGACUAGGUUGUGUACAAUCACAAGGUGGUGAAGAUGCGAUUCGAGCACAUCCAUUUUUCCGAGAGAUCGACUGGGAUGCGUUGGAAGCUCGCCGUGUUAAACCGCCAUUCAAGCCAAAGAUUAAGUCGAGGCGAGACGCCAACAACUUUGAUGCCGAUUUCACCAAAGAGGAGCCGGUGUUGACUCCAACGGAUCCGACUGUAGUGCGAUCGAUCAAUCAAGAAGAAUUCCGUGGAUUCUCCAAGGAAAUUUGCCCAAGAGGGGAGUCAGACGCAGCUGUGCUGCUUCUGAUCGCCAGGCUGAUGCAGCCACCUCUGCCCAUCCCCAGCACACUAACGAUCGACAACGACUCGGUCUCUUUCUACCUGGUAUGCCACAUCGACUGA